UCCCCUCGUCCGAUCCCCAACCUCCCCCCGAUCCCGUCGCCGCUGCCUCCUACCGAUGCGCCACCACUCCCGCCUCCUUCCGGCGCGCUGUCAUCCCCGCCUUCUUUCGGCGCGCCGUCAUCCCCGCACCCUACCGGCGCGCCGCCGGACCCUCCUUCUUCCCUGGAGCGCCGCCACCCCGCUGCCGCUGCCAUCUUCCCGAGCGCGCCGUUGCCGCCGUCUUCCCCAGAGUGCCACCGCCCCGCCACCCCCGCCCACGGGACCAGUGGUCCCAUCACCGGUCUCCCCCCACCCAGAUCUGUUGGAGGCGCACCGGAUCCUGCCUCACGGCCGGUUCCCGCGACUCAGCCGCCGCCCCAACCGCUGCAGUAGCCGAGCACCUCCACUAGGUGCCCCGGCGGUUCGGACCCCCACCUGGCCCCUCCCUCGAACCCAGCGAGCCUCCGCCCCGGCCUACUUCCCGCGCGAGGUCGCCUCCGCCUCCGCCUGGAUGGAUGGAUUCAGGAAGGUAUCCUUCCUCCCUGGGUGGAGCGAGCUGCAGAUCCCGUCCGGCCCUCGGGAACCGGCCAUCUCCGCCUCCUCCUCGCCGCUGCCGCUGGGGAUCACGUCUUCACCAAACGCGAGCUCCGCCCCAUCCGACCGACCGCAAAGGGAGGUACGACAUGGCGGAAACAAAACUGCACGGCAAUGUGCAUUUCUGCAACACAUCAGACGGAAGAAAAAGCAACAUGAAGUUCCUGUCUGCAUCAAACUGCUUUCACUUAUAUUCUGCCGAAUUUGUUCCUUCUAUGGGACUGUACAUGGGGAUUAUCUACAAGGGUUAUGUCCUCUGCAGGUAGAUUAUCUUAUAGGACAGGCGAAAUGCAACAGAAGAAGCUCCUCCGCUGCUACUCGCCAAACUCCAAGCAAAAAGGACCUUCCACUUUCCUUGCUAAUGGUGAGCAACUCAAAGAUGUCUAAAAGGGGCCUCAGUUUGUUCGGAAUCAGAUACAACCAUUUGAUCCAUUAUUGUUCGUGGGCGUCAUAUUUAAAAAAAAUUGGAUUUUGUAAAGUUUGCGGUUAAUAAGCCGGUGAGAGCUGAUGGUUCAGUUUGAUCCUGCAUAUUCUUGACCUCUUUCUCUGUCAGGAGGAUAUUCAAUACCAAGAUUUAUGAUUUGGCAUAAGUGAGAUGACAUACAAGUGAGUUUAAUUCGUCAGAGUGAAAUAGCAACAGUUUUCUUAUCAUACCGCCGGCAACUGCACCUCAACUGCGGAAAAAGAAAUCUUGAAGAACCAAGACCACCACCAGCUGGAAGAAGAGUGCAAGAGAUUUCCUGGAUGCCUCAACUAUAUGCAUACUUGUGUUAUAUUUGACACCCUCAUGAAAUGUACUAGAUGGCGUAUUCUUCCGUGUAGCUUAAAAUUCUUAAAACAAAUGUCCCUAAAAUAGCAAGGUGAAAUCUUGAUUUUUCUUGCUGUGAACAAAUGCAUCAUAAUUAAUUUCCCUGAUUGAUCAAUAUCAUCACGGGCAUCACUAGCCAUCAGACUACUGAUAGUUCACAACUAUCAGACCAGUCCAAGGCCGUUGGGUCAGAUGCCGGACGUACGCUCGAUCUGGUAGUCUGCUUGUUUGAUUAGAUGCUUCCAAUCCCUAAUUUGUUGCUGCUUCCUAAUCGCUCCCGCAAUGCACGCCCUGCAUCCCUGCGUCUCUCUCCAUCCCGAAUAUUACUUCCUUGCAUGGUUCCCUCGAAAUCAUGAAAACAUGGCGCCUGAUUCUUUCCAAGUUUGUUUCCUAACGAGUGCUUCCAUAAACCAGGGCGAAAACUACUUCCAGAAAUCACAUGAGUACAUGUUCUUGAUUUUCGCAUGAGGCUAUUUGCUUCCUCAUGAAGCACAUCUUGAUGCCAUUUUUAUUUAAAUUUACUUCCAUUCGUGUGGAUGUUCUUUGACAUCAUAAAAAAUGUUUUUCCAGUGUAAUGCAAAAUUAAACUUGCUUCCGUUUAUCAAUGAGUUUGCGCCCAUAGUGAACUAAACUUGCUACGGUUAAUACAUAUUUGUUUUCUACCUAGAGGAUUGCACCACCAAAAUAAGACAUUCUUCCUAUAAAAAUAACCAUUAUCACGAGUACAAAUAAAACAUGCUUCAAGCAUAUUAGGGAUGUGAUUCCAAGAAAUACAAAUAUGCUUUGCUUUCAUCAUCUGAAAAUCAUUCUUCCAACACUACAAACUAUGCUUCAUAAUCCAGUCAUUUUUUUCUCUCAAAGCAGUUUCAUGUGUAUUGUUUUAUUUGUUUUUUAGGUAUGACUCCAUGUGUUAUGACCGCCGUUUUUUGGCUUACUAGAAGUUUAGUUGCUUUGUACAUAGCUUGUAGGAUUCCUGCCUACUAUGUCGCUCCGCCGCUACGGUCCUGUCGAAGCCCCUCCCUGCUCUGCUCCAUCCAUCGUGUUCGGCCUAGCCUCGAUGACCUUCCUUUUUCCCACAAAUCUGUGGGUUUUGACAUCGCGAGCCACAAGAGUUGGUGAGGACCAGAGAGGCCGGCACCAUCGAGGGUACGACGCCCUUGACCUUUGACAGCCGAGUGUGCAUCUUGCUUGUUUGCUUGCAGCACGAUGACAAAACAAUGAGCAAUGAAAUGCUUGAUCUCACGUCGCACGCCAUGCCCCCAUCGACGACCGUGGCAUGCUCACAAUCAGUAAAGCAAGAUCUUUCGCUCAAGUUAGUUCUGCAGGAAUUUAGGAAGCAUGUGUAGUUUGAUUUGGGUACAAACAUGGCGCCUACAAAAUAAUAUGAAACAUGGAAAUGAAGCAAACUAAACAAGGUGUAGAAGCACAGUUGUUAAGUACAUGAAGCAAACCAUACACUAUUAAGAAGCAUAACCAUGGUCCAUAUAUGAAGCAAACUAUGCACCAUGAAGAAGCACAACUAUGAUACAAUUGAAUCAUGAAAACUGGAUACAUCGUAUUCAUGUAAUCUCAACAUAAUUUCUACAUAGUGGAAGCACAUAUAAGAAAAAUGGGGUGCAAAAUAUCUAUGCACAGUCAUUCAAAUUAAGACAAGCGGUGACAUGCAUCUUGUCCAUAAUAUGUGUGAAAUUUAGGAAGCAUGAUUUAGUUGUUCAUUAAGUAAAAACAUGAUGCCUAUAAGAACGUGCAAAGGAUUGGCAGAAAGCAGAACUGAACACGAUGUAGAAGCACAAGUUUGAUAUGUACGAAGCAAAGUGGACUCAAUGUAGAAGCAUUGGCAUGAUAAAUGAAGCAGAGUUUAACCAGCAAUGGUGUAGUAGUACUAUAUGUAUGUAUGAAACAUGAAAAGCUGGAAGCAUUGUACGGAUGCAAUCUCGACAUACUUUCUAUAUAGCGAGGAUAGUCAUGAAAAGGUUGGAUGAGGAUGGUAUGGCGGAUUCGCGCGACCAGCAGCGUGUGCUCCCUUCACCAACUUUGAACAUAGACAACAAAGAGGGGAAAAAGAGCGACAAAAAUCUUCUCGCUUCUCACUUAUAUUGCAGCCAACAUUGAGAAGCACAUGUACAUAUGUACAUACCAAAUUCAGAAAUAUUACUCUGAUUUAGUCAUAUAAUACACAAUGGUGUGGCCAAAA